AUGGAAUCGGGUCACUCUGUCCCAAGUGGCAUCUCCUUCUUUUCCAAUGAUGAUGACAUAGAGGGAGAGUUUGCCACAUAUUCUCCUGCUGACACGCAUUUGGUGGAGGACGAGGAGGAUGACAACAACGACAAGGAAGGAUGCCACUAUGAUGGGAUAGGACAUCAGGAAGUCAUGGAUGAUGACAUGGGCAGCUUUGAGGAUGAUUCCUAUUCCAUGGAUAGCGUAGAAAUGAGAGAAGCUGCUAUUGUAUGUCAAAGCAGAAGUCGAUGGAAAUGCUCCACAAAAGAGAUUCUUGAGCUUGCUAUGGAUGCUGUUGAUGUUAAUGAUGUCAUGCUGGCUGAUCCCACUGCAAUAACAGCUGCCUCGAGGCAUAUUGCCGGAACUGCUUCUGGCACAGCAUCUGCCACUGCUACUGCCACUGCUACUACUACCACAACUACUACCGCAACAAAUGCAGCUGCCAGUGCCACUGUUACAUCCACUACCACAGCAGCUUAG